AUGCCAGAACUGACGACGAGCAGUUCUACGGAUUCAACGACGAGCGCCAAUAUUUUGAUAGCUACCAAUCAGCCUCGACAUUUCCAGACCACUCCACCAUCCACACCUCCCUCAUCAGUUAUGCCUUGCAGCUCUCCUAUGAAAAAUGAUUCGCACACGAAGACCAAUUCUAUCAUUGGUGUUUCUGGAGUGAAGCGCUCCCGCUUUCAUUAUACAACAUACCAAUGCGACAACGAGCUUGACUUGCCUUCAAAGAGAGCGAGAAUGUUGAAAACAACCUGGAGUUCCCCCUGUGUUCCAGGUUCCGAGACCUUGAACUAUCUCAACGAGCGCAUGCUCGAGCUUUCCCGUGUUAGUCGCCGGGUUAUUGCCACUCGCCUCAGAUACCAACGCCUACGCGCUCACGAACUAGACCUUAUGAAGUCUAUCCACGAUGAUGAAACCGAGAUAACGACAACGGAAUUGAAGACAAUCGAUUUCCAAAUAGGAACAAUCCGAAACAUGCUUCGCGAGGGGGGAGUGGUGGCGAUAGGGAACAUGGAGUAUGGGUUCGACCCUGGUGACCAUGAACUCCAUCAGUCCAGUGAUGCUUCUGACAACGAAUCCAUACACAUGCUUGGUUCUGGAUCUGAUGCAAGCUGUUCAGAGUUGGACGAAUAA